UUCUUCAAAGCAGCUCCUUCCAGUGGCCAAAUAGCGCCUGUCACAAGAAGAGAGGUGGCCACAGGGGGAUUCACGGGGAGAGGGGGCAGGAAAAGCUGGAGCCUAAUUGAUUUGACGUCCCCAACACUACGGCUAAUAACAAUAAUAAUUAUACACCAGCUCUGGCUGAGGGAAGCAGUGGAGAAUAGAGGAAGCAACCACGAAUCAUGGCCCCCGAGCAUUGUAGCUGCCAGCAGCCAUGUGGCCGACUUUGGGGGUAAACUCCUGGGGGAUGCUAGCCGCUCCCCUCCUGUCCAGGCUCUAGGAUCGGACCUCAGCGGCAUCUCCUGCUUCGUCUUCAGGUAGCCCUGGUGCAGCACCGCUUCUACAUGCCCCCCCCCCCCACCUCGCCAUCCAGGCCUCCUUACAGCCGGCAAUCGGGUGACGCUUCAUUUCGCUUCGAAAUUCCCCAGCCCUCAAACGGAAUUUUACCGCUUUGCCUGCCCUUCAGCAACAGGGAAUCCAAAAUGACCAUCUUUGACCUCUGGAGAAGAAGAAGAGAGGGCUUUGGCCGGGUGGAGUCUCACAGAUGAGAAGCAAAGCCAAAAUGAUGGAGAAGCUGGAGAAGCCCCCGUCGCCUGUAGCCUCAGAGCAGCAAAACCCUCUGCCCCCAGUUUCUCCCACACUGAUCCCCUCCCCAGCCAGUGAGGGGGACGAGGCAGAGGUCACCCCAAGCCCCACCAGCCCCACCUCAUCCUCUCCCCCAAACAAGAAGAGUUCUCCCUCUGAGCCUCCCCCAGCGCCACUGCCCCACAAUGUCCCUGUCAUCAGCCUGGGCUACAGCAAACCCCCCACUCAUGCUGAGGUCCCCACUACCCAGCUCACUGCACUGCAUCCCAUCCCAAGCUACUUACAGCUCUCAGCAAUGGCCUCUGCACCCCCUCCGCCUCCUAUGCCUCUAGCUGGAGUAAGGAGCCCUCUCUUGGGCCCGCCGUAUCAGCCCCAUCCUUUUCUGAACAGCAUCUACAUUGGCAGCUCUGGGACUUAUGGCCUCUUCCCCAGCAACCGCCUCAAGCGCAGGCCAAGCCAUUAUGAACAAGAGAUCACCGAGGGUCAUCAGCCCCAGAAGGUGGCCCGCCGGGUCUUCACCAACAGCCGGGAGCGGUGGCGGCAACAGAACGUGAACGGCGCCUUUGCCGAGCUCCGGAAGCUCAUCCCCACCCACCCUCCCGACAAGAAGUUGAGCAAGAAUGAGAUUCUUCGCCUGGCCAUGAAAUACAUCAACUUCCUGGUCAAGUUGCUGAGUGACCAGGCCAGGUCGGCCGGGGGGGAGCUUCCAGAUGCAGAGCCCCCCUGCAAUGGGACCCCGAGGACUCCCUCACCACUGCCCCCCAUCAAAUUGGAACAGGUGACAGUUGACCCAGGGACUGUGCUGGGGGCAGGAGAGCCACGGUGAUCAACAGCCGCCUGUCCAGCAGUGUUACCAGCGCCUCCCACCCCACUCCACACGUGUAGGUUGAACCAGCAUCAAGGGGAACUACCUGGGCUGAACUGAAACCCCUUCCAAGGAUACUUUGUGCUGCUGGGGACCCAACUGGGACCUAAAGCCAUUGGAUGUGCUGUGAUAUUUGGGUCACUGUGACUUUCAGAAGCCGAGUGGGGCUGAUUUCAGGGUCCACCUGUACAUAGGCAGGGAUUGAGAGAGCAAAGCAGUCUCUUUGGCUGAAACGUCAUGCUUAGUUUUUGCCACAAAAUGGGGAUUUAGGGGAGGAAUUGGAAGGGGGCUUUUACAUUCAUGUCUCCUGCUUGACUUGCUUCCAGGAUAACCAGAAAUGGGGGCAGCAGGGAGCUGCUCAACAGGGCCGGCUCUACUGGUUAGGAAAAGUUACCCCUCCUGCCCCUUCUUCCGUGAGAUGGUGACCUGUCAUCAGGGCUUGCUGUGGUUGGCGGAGGAGAUACCUCCAGGCUUCCACUAUGAUCAGGGAUGGGCAACCUGGUGUCCUCCAGAUGUUUUGAACUACUACUCCCAUCAGCCCCAGACAGCAUGGCCAAUGGACAGGGCUUAUGGAAGUUGUCCUAAACAUCUGGAGAGUGCCAGGUUGCUUGCCACAGUCUAUGUUUUUCCUCUGCUGUGUGUUUGACCUGGCCUCAAUGCCCCCAAGGCCAAGCUUCCAUUAUUGUGCAGACCGUAAAUGGAUAUUUGAGCCUGCACAGAAGAACAAAAUCAGACGAAUGUGUUGGCGUUGCGCUUGGCCCGGAUCUGGUGUAGGGAGGCCCUCAAGCUCAGAGGCUCUGCCUUCCCUCAAUGAGGAUCCCUCAUCACAGGGCUCUGGCUAGGCUUGCUCUGCAAAGCCUCUACCAGUGGUUUGACGGGCACCCAUGACUUCCCCCAAAUAGUUGGAGGAACAGCUGGGGAGGGACACAGAGUUCUUUUUUAAAUGGCUGGAAGGGAGAGGAUUAAGCAGCCCCUCCCAAUGCCAUUCCUUUGCUCAAGAUUGCAGACUGUUAAAUGCAUCUGCAGCCGUGUCCCAUCCAAGCCAACCCUCAGUAGCUCACUUCAGACUACAGGUGAGGAUUUCAUGAGAGAUUGGAGGGGGGGGGCAAUCCUACACAAUGAAAACUAUAAAAAAAAUUUUUUAAAAAAGCUAGGCUAGAACUCUUCUCUCAGACAAGCUAUUUUUCUAUGAGUAGGGAUCUUUUUCGUCCCCAUUCCCCCAGCUUUCUGAAAUGGUACAAUUCAUAUUCAGGUUUACUGCCUCAGUGGGGUGAACUAGCCUUAGUUUAGUGCCGCAGCUGGACUGUAAGGGGGUUACUCAAUUUGGGGGUGAGGGGUUUUGGAGGACAUGGGGUGGUGGUGGGCGAUGUUGGACAAUCGCUGUGUCACUGCUGGUCGGCUAGCUGUGGAAGUUGGGCUGUAGUGAGGAGGAGCCCUCAGCCUCAGGAACCCUUCCCCUUCCUAGAAGCUGGAGGGCGGUUUGUGCUGAGUCAGUAUCCAAAGCGGCCCGGCAUACUCUGGGCUUCCUGCCAAAGCCAAAUGUGCCAGCAGGUGGCCCAGGAGGGUGGGCGGUCCCAGCGUGCCUGUUAUCCUGUAAAGAAGGUUGGUGAAAGGCCUUUUAGAAGGAGGGAGGGAAGGAAGGAGAAGGAGGGCAGCAACCGCUCUUUACCCACAUACACACACAUUGCCAUCCACUGGAUCUUCAGAUGAUUGUGCAACCGGAAUAAUUGCUCUCCACUAGCAUCCCUGUAGACGGAGCCUCUGUCGCCCAUCCCUUAGGCUUUCCACAGGGGGAUGUGGGCCAGGACUCUCAGACCCGCCUGUGUUCAGGCCAGGAGGUGUUUAUGGCCUGAAGUGGUCGUGUUCUGUUCCAAGAGAAGUGAAAUCCUAAAACUGAAAUCAAUGCCACAGUCGAAUGAAAAUACAAAGCAAGACUUUUAAUGCAAAGUCUGCUGGUAUUGCAAAA